AACAAUCCCUACAUUCAGAAUUUUGGGGGCCGUUUUACAUCAAGACGAAGGCUGAGGAGCUUCGAAUCUCGACUUGAAGAUGGUGCAGCGCCUCACUUACAGGAAGCGUCACAGCUACGCCACCAAAUCCAACCAGCACAGGGUUGUGAAAACCCCUGGUGGGAAGUUGAUUUAUCAGAGCACCAAGAAGAGAGCAAGCGGUCCUAAGUGUCCUGUUACCGGAAAGAGGAUCCAAGGGAUUCCACAUUUGAGACCUGCUGAAUACAAGAGGUCCAGAUUGCCUCGAAACCGUCGCACAGUUAACAGGGCAUAUGGAGGUGUGUUGUCUGGAGGAGCUGUAAGAGAGAGGAUAAUCCGAGCUUUUCUGGUUGAGGAGCAAAAGAUUGUGAAGAAGGUAUUGAAGAUCCAAAAGGCAAAAGAAAAGCAAGCAUCAAGGAGCUAAGCUGAGCGGGACAUGGAUCAAAUGUGCCAAAGAAAUUUUGACUUUGGAUGGAAUUAUGAAUGACGAACUUGAUUUGAAUUUUAUUUUAAUGAUACUUGUGUUUUAUAGUUUAUGUUGACAUACACUACCAUGUUUGCUGAUUUGAUGCAUUCUUGAUGAUAAUUUUAUAUGUGACCACUACCCAUUGAAUUAUCAGCAGGUUAAAUUUAUUGAUUG